AUGCCCGAACGAAAAUCGAAUGGAACGAUCUCACCUAAUUGUCGGCCGCAACCGGUGAACAAACAUGACCAAAAGCGAGACGAUGACGAACAACAACAUACAAGAACUUCAUCGAAUCCAGAAGGUCAGAUCACAGUGGUUUGUCGUCCUGAUCAAACCCCUUCCUCGUCAUCGACGCGUCGAUCAAAUACAUCUAUGUGCGAAGUCAAUCGAUCACGUUCAAAGACCAAUUCGAGUACGAGUGUCACGCCAGAAAGUGAAACUCCAUCAAUCCAAUCAACUGGUUUCAAUAUUCUUCAGUCGAUCAGAGAUGUCACGCAUCAAGAACUAAAUCGUGCGAAUCCAUUAGGUCUUCUCGGCAAAGAAGUCAUAUCUGCAACAGGCACUACACACUGUCCGGAGCCAAUACCACCGAAAGAAACAGAUGAAAACGUUCUUAACAUUAGCCGCACAUCGUCAUCAUCUUCUUCAACACCACCCAUCAAUGACAAAGAACCUCAACAGCUACAUUUUCCCUUGAAUGAAGAAGAAAAAAUGCAAAUGCAACGUCGUCGCUCUACACUGGCAAAUAUAACCGACGUCACCCUGCCACCAUGUCCUGCAGAAUUUAUUCCUACCGAUGACGAACCUAAUCUUCAACCACAUCUCUUCUCUCAACCGUCACCCGGUACAAUGGUUGCCGAUUUCAUUCCAGACACAAUGUCAAUCAACGUUUUUGAAGUGUUUAUCUAUGCAUGGGGUGUCUUCGCCUUCUUCUUUGAUACGGUAACUGACAUUGUCCUAGCUCAUGCUUAUUAUGUCGAAGGUGCGUAUUGGUUAUUUAUCUUAACGUUAAUGUGUGUCAUCUUGCCGAACGUCACUCUCUCGGUGUUCUCACUCGUGUGGUACAUGGAUAGCAGUCAAUUAAAAGCCGCUGCGAACGGAAAACUUGAAACAGAUUACGAAACGAGGCGGCAGACUACAUAUUGUCAAACGGAUGAUUUGAUGGAGAAUAAACACGGGGAAGAUCAAGUGGAUGCUCAUAUCUCACGGAUCAGACAUCAACCACAAAUUCCGGAGGAAAAAGUGAAAAAGAAUACAUUUGAAUUAUCAUCGGCAACACUUAAAGGUUUUACGUGGAUUAUUCGAAUUAUUAUCUUAGUUCUACAGUUAGAUCUAUGUCUCAAAUACAUCCGAGGUUUAUAUUAUACAUGGAAAGGCUUCCAAAAGCGGCAUAAUCCCAAAUGGGCACGAUUCUACUUAACGAAACAAAUCUUGAUCGAUGCUGACAUCGCCUUACUACGCGUAUUCGAUUGUUUUAUGGAUUCCGGCUCUCAGGUGAUAUUACAAUUAUAUAUUAUGCUACGAUUAGGUUCAUCAUCGAUGAAAUUUGAUAAUCUCUUUGCAAAGCAAUGUUUAUCAAUCAUAUCUUCUCUCGGUUCAUUAGCGUAUGCGCUAAGUGGCUAUUCCAGAUGCUGGAGACAUAUGCAGUUGACACAUUCACCACAAGGUUGGCCAAAAGGCAAGCCACCACCACGGUUAGUGUCAUGGUGGAGUACGAUCAUUCAAUGGUUUUGGUAUUUAUUUUUAAUAACGCCACGAGUUUUCGCAUUGGCAAUGUUUGCGGCAACCUUUCGCUCCUGGUUUUGGAUUAUUCUUGUUGGCCAUUGGUUUGGAAUGCUUUUCUGGAUUCUUCGCUUUCGGACAAUCUUCUGUAUCAGUGAUCAAACAAAAUACAACCCGCGCGAAGCAAUCUUCGAGAAAUGUUAUAAUCUCGUUUGCUCGUACAUCUUCAUCUUCUGUUAUAUGAAUCUGCGCAAAGGUGAUACACGUUUGCAUUAUAUUGGCUUCUAUACCAUCUAUUAUAUUGAAAACAUCUCUUUUUCGAUUAUUUAUGCUGUCCAUUCAUCGGAAUCUAAUACGAUUUUUAAAUAUUCGCUUGUGACAUUUGUUUGCGUGGGAUUUUGGUUUGCGAUUUUGUUUCAACUUAUCUACUAUCGUUUUCUUCAUCCAAGUGAUCAUGUUCGACUGAAUACAAAACAAAAUGUCGCCUCAGUUGUACGCAUAAGACCAUUGCCACGAUUUAAUCGUUUGAGAAAGUCGAAAUCAUGCGAGGAGAUGAUUGAUCACAAUGAACUACAAAACCAAAAUGAAAACAACGAACUGGCCGAAACGGGUUCAUUAGAAAUGAAUACAAACUCGAUCAACGAACGAUGGUUCAAUCGAUUCUCCAAAGAAAAUCGACAGAAGCUUAUCUCCCAACAACAAGCCAUCGACCAAAAAGUCAAAUUGACCAAAGCACAGGAAGAAGCAACGAAACGUCAGCACGCUUCCUCGCAUAGUGUACUGUCGAAAAUAUCCAAUGGUUUCAAGCGACCAACAACAAUUUCGUUACCAGCAUCGUCUGAACAUGCAGAUCAGAACAAUCUUAGUGUAACUGACACUCCUUCAUCCUAUUCACACAUUCGACAUAGUCGACGACAACCCUUCUUCCAUGGAGCUCAUGUUUCAUUAAAACGAUCUCCACAUCAAGAAUCGUAUGCAAAAAUGCAACAAGAAGAUGAAGAUGAUGUUGAGAAACCCACGAUUUCGUACAUAUCAGAUAAACGAACAUCUCAGCAAUCAUCAAGAAUCUUCAGCAUCGACGAAGACGUACACCCAUCCGACGAUAAUCACAGUACGAUUUCAUCACAUAUCAACCACGCUAGUAACGAUGACGGUGAAGAAAUGAUACUCACAGCUGCUAAAUUGACACCAUUGAUAAUUUCGUCGUCUUCGAAUGAUAAUAAAUCAUUCAUUUCAACCAAUGAUACCUCUCAAUGUUAA